AUGUCUGAAGAAAAAGUUACUACAGAUAUUAUUACUUUAUCUCGUCAUGUUCUUGAUGAACAACGUAAACAUAAAGAAGCUAGUGGUGACUUAACCUUAUUAUUGAAUGCUGUUCAACUUGGAUGCAAAUUUGUAGCAACUAACGUUAGAAAAGCUCGUUUAUUGAACUUGGUUGGAAUUGCUGGUGGAGCGGUUAACGUUACAGGAGAUGAGCAAAAGAAACUCGAUGUUAUUUCCAAUGAAAUUUUUAUCAAUGCGCUUCGUUCAUCAGGAAAAGUAGCAGUAAUGGUUUCUGAAGAAGACGAAAAAGCUAUUAUUGUUGAAGACGAAAUGAAAGGAAAAUAUUGUGUUGUUUUUGAUCCAUUAGAUGGUUCUUCUAACAUUGAUGCUGGUGUUAAUGUCGGUACUAUCUUUGGUAUCUAUAAAAUUAAAGACGGAUCUAGCGGAACUAUUUCGGAUGUUUUGAGACCUGGUCGUGAAAUGGUUGUUGCUGGUUAUUGUAUGUAUGGUAGUUCUGCUAAUAUGAUCAUCUCGACUGGUAAUGGCGUGAACGGAUAUACCCUUGAUAACGCUAUCGGAGAAUUUAUUCUCACCCAUCCUAAUAUUAAAAUUCCGAAGCGCGGAAAGAUAUAUUCAGUUAACGAAGGAAAUGCAAAAUAUUGGGAUGAACCAUGUACCGAAUAUUUUAAUUCAUUGAAAUUUCCACCUGAAGGAAAGAAUCCAUACUCGGCUAGGUAUAUUGGAUCAAUGGUGGCAGAUGUGCAUCGUACAUUAUUGUAUGGUGGUAUAUUUGCUUAUCCUGCUGAUAAAAAAUCUAAAAAUGGUAAAUUAAGAGUGUUGUAUGAAUGUUUUCCAAUGGCUUUCCUUACUGAACAAGCUGGUGGUAAAGCCAUUACUGGUAGAGAAAGAGUAUUAGAUGUCACUCCUCAAAAUAUUCAUGAUAGAUGUCCUAUUUUUUUGGGUAGUGAAGAUGAUGUUGAGGAUAUAGAAACAAUUUAUAAAAAACAUAGUUGUUAA